AUGGAUCAAGAAACUUUGUUUGUUGGAGAAAAUAUAAUAAACAGAUCUACUGUGAAGCAUGCAAAAGGACUUAUACGCUAUAUACUUGUUUUGAAAUUGAGCAACUUGAAGCAUUUGGAUCUCAUGGACAGCUGUGAGUUAAGAAAAACCCCUAAUUUUGGUGAUAUGCCAAACUUGGAGACACUAAAUUUACACGGGUGUGUGAAUUUGGAAGAGGUCCAUCCCUCUUUUGGACAUUGCAGACUGCUUACUUAUUUGAGUUUGGAAGGUUGUCGCAAACUUAAGAAGCUUCCAAAAUUUGUCUGCGUGGAAUCUCUUGAGACUCUCAAUCUCCUUGAAUGCACAAACUUACAAGAAUUUCCAGAAAUCUGUGGAGAUAUGCCGCGCUUAUCAAUACUCUAUGUAAAAUCCCCGUGGAUAAGAAGCUUACCUACAUCUUUCAGCAGCCUUAGAAAUUUGCAAUUGACUGAGUGUGAAGUUCUUGAAAGUUGUGAAGAACUUCUAAGUCUACCAGACAGCCUCUGCAAUUUGAUGAAACUUCGAUGCCUUUACCUCGACGGGUGCAAAAAGCUAGAGAAGCUUCCAGAAAACAUUGGUGAUUUGCAAGAUUUACAUGUAUUUGAUGCGAGCGAAACUGCAAUCUCCCAACCACCUCCCUCCAUCACUAAGCUUGGUUUAUCCUCCUUGACAUCACUUGAUCCUAAUAAUCACAACACAUUGAGUGGACUUCCUGAGGAUUUAGGAUCUUUGCACUCUUUGGAAAAUUUGAAUGUAAGUGGAAGCAAUAUUUCUUGUUUACCAAAAAGCUUCAAAGGACUCUUACACCUUCAGCUUCUGAACGUACAAUUCUGUCAGAAUCUUAAUGAACUGCCAGUAGAGCUACCCCCAAAUUUAAGGGAGCUAUUUGCUGAUUAUCAUCUAGCCUUGAAGAGCAGCAAAAAUCUCGUAAUUUGCUGUCUUAAGCUGUGUAGGCUCGCAAUAGCCGACUAUGGAACUGUCUCUAGUGAACAAGUUAAUGUGUUCCUACAGCAUUUUCUCAGGACAUGCAUCCAGUGUGACUUCCACCAAAGGGCUUGCUUUAUCAUUUCUUUUCCCGCAAUCAGAAUUCCAGAGUUGUUCGAUUAUGAUCGGUUUAUAAAUCAAAAUGAGAUCUCAAUUGAGCUGAACCCAUCUUGGUAUACUGAUAAAUUCAUGGGUUUUUGGAUAAGUUACGGUCCUACUAGACUGGACGCAAGAUUAGAAGCUACAUUAGUCUGCAAGUCUGACCCUGAAAGAAAAUAUUCCUUGGAGUAUAACUACAUCCCUGAAUAUUCGAGGUUCGAGUAUCCUUUCAUUUGUUGUGCCUACAUACUAUUUGAAACAUUGUGGCAUGCUUCUGACAAUGUUUAA